AUGGCCGGCCCCAGAAAAGGAAGUACUCCAGGAUAUGAGAAGCAGCACAGAGCCAGAGUCCAUCGCAUCAAGAUUGACCAGAAGCCCGAUGAGCUAAUCAGGGAUCUGUACAACGCAGAAUUCGGCGAUGACAUGUCAAGCACCGAGCUCGGGUUGUCACAAGAAGACCGACAGUGGAAGAAGAAGGUGGAAGAGAGCGUGAAGCUCAAAGAGGGGCACUACGAGAUCGGCCUUCCCCUCAAGGAUGACGAUGUCCGGUUGCCGAGCAACAGAAACAUGGCCUUGCGGAGGCUGUGCAGUCUCGAGAGGAAGCUGAAAAGGGACACGAAGUUCACGGAGCACUACACGACCUUCAUGAAGAAUCUCCUGGACGAAGGUUAUGCUGAGGAAGUACCCGAGGGAAACUUGAGCCGAGAAGAUGGGCGUGUUUGGUACGUACCCCACCACGGGGUGUACCAUCCACACAAGCCAGACAAAGUCAGGGUGGUCUUCGACUGUGCGGCCAGGCACGGCAAUGUCUCGCUAAAUGAUGUGCUGCUCCAGGGCCCCGACCUUACUAGCUCUUUGUUGGGCGUGCUUCUGCGCUUCCGCACAGAGCCGGUGGCUUUCAUGGCAGACAUCCGCUCGAUGUUUUAUCAGGUCACAGUGCCGGAAUCAGACAGAGACCUGUUGCGGUUUCUGUGGUGGCCCGAGGGAGACAUCAGCGCCGAACCGAAGGACUUCCGGAUGAAGGUUCACAUCUUCGGAGCCAGUUCGUCACCAAGCUGUUCAAACUUCGCCUUGAGACGGACUGCAGAUGAUUGCCGGAGUCGCUACAGUGCUGAAGCAACCGACACAGUUCGCAGGAACUUCUAUGUUGAUGAUUGCCUGCGGUCAGCAUCAUCAGAGGAAGAAGCGCGCCUCAUCGCGACAGAAGUACAAGCGCUCUGCGCAGAAGGGGGAUUUCACCUAACGAAGUUUGUUGCUAACAGGAAGUCAGUUCUUCAGGAUCUCGCUCAACAGGACUGCAGCCAGAAGAUGGCCGUGGACGUGGACAAGGACGUGUGCCAAAAUGAAGAAAGGGCGCUCGGUGUGCGGUGGAAAAUUGACGAUGAUGCGUUAGGAUUCAGCGUAAAGACCAGGGAAGUCACAGCCACCAGGAGAGGAAUUCUGUCGGUCAUCAGUUCCAUAUAUGACCCGCUGGGAAUCGCAGGCCCGUUUCUCCUGCGAGGUAAACAGCUCCUGCAGGGCCUAUGCAGACGUGAAAUAGGGUGGGACGACAGGAUUCCAGACGACGAGGCAAGGAUGUGGAAGAAGUGGCUGGAGGAGCUACCGAAGCUAUCUGAGGUCACCGUGGACAGAUGUCUGAAGACCCCAGAGUUCGGGUGUGUGACGAAGAGCCAGCUGCAUCACUUCUGUGAUGCGAGUGAAGGGGGCUAUGGAGCAGUGGUCUAUCUCAGACAGGAGAACGAGGAAGGAAGAAUCCACUGUGCCUUUGUGAUGGGCAAGUCGCGUGUCGCUCCACUGAAGAAAGUCACAGUUCCUCGUUUGGAGCUGUCAGCAGCGACGACCAGCGUACGUCUGAACACCACGGUGCAGAGGGAGUUGGACAGCGUAGACGUACAUGAGACGUUUUUCUGGACGGACAGUACAGCAGUCCUCCGCUACGUAAACAACGACAAAGUCAGGUACCAGACAUUCGUCGCAAACCGGCUGGCCGUCAUCAAGGAUGGUUCAACUGCAUCACAGUGGAGGUACGUACCGUCGCAAGACAACCCUGCCGACGACGCAUCUCGCGGCCUUCACAGUGACACGCUCCGUGAACGAGCUCGUUGGCUUCACGGACCAGAGUUCCUGUGGGAGGACGAGAGCCAGUGGCCCCAGAUGCCAUUCAGCGCUGUCUCUGCUGUAGCAGAAGACGAUCCUGAGGUCAAGCGAAAGGCGGUCUGCACCGCGACACUGAACAGGGAAGAAGAGGUGAGCCCGACGGACAAACUCAUCAGAUACUUUUCCUGCUGGCACCGCUUGAAAAAGGCCGUCGCGUGGGUUCUUCGAGUGAAGACGAUGCUUCAGGAUCGACGCAGAAAACGACUACGAGGCCUGCAACAGGAUGUCGGAAAAAAUGAGAAGCAGAAGUUGCGUCUGCUGACAACGGACGAACUGCAGGAAGCUGAAGACGCCGUCAUCAGAUAUGUUCAGCGACAGUCAUUCCCAGAGGAGGUGGCUCUGAUGGAAGGGCUGGCAGACGAGACGAGAGGAUCGACAUCCCAAGCUGAGAAGAAGCUGAGGAGAUCCAGUAGACUUUAUGGUCUGAAUCCUGUCGUCAAGAACGGAAUCAUGAGAGUUGGAGGCCGGCUGCAGCGCUCCGAGUACCCGUACGAGUCGAAGCAUCCGGUGAUCCUGCCGAAGCGUGGACACAUGCUGGUGAUUUGGAGCCAAUCACUCCGAAUCACUUUCUUCAGCUUCGUGGUGGCGCGGCAGAUGCACCAGGUCGUGUCACCGGGCUGUCCGCAGGCUGCUGCCGCCGGCUGA